AUGGCUACUCGACGCCCAGCGUCGUCCCGUUCGAGGAUGCCGCCUCCAGCAAACCCACCAAUACGCUCACGAUCAGUCUUGUCAAAACCGAUUUCACAGCCGCCGUCAUCGUCCAGCAGCGAGCUGGGCGAUUCAGCUGCGAGCCGAAACCAAGAGGGGGGAACCAAUAUCCAAGUCGUCGUUCGAUGUCGUCGUCGCUCAGAUCGUGAAAUUCAAGAGAACUCGCCUAUCAUUGUCACCUCGGCUGGAGCAAAGAGCAAGGAAGUGUCGAUCGAGACGGGCUCUGGAAGUUCAAGCUUGGGGGUCGUCACAAUGCCGCCAACUAGAACAUACCCUUUCGACCUCGUUUUUGGCCCCGAAGCAGAUCAAGCAAUGGUUUAUCAUGAAGUUGUCAGCCCUAUGUUGGAGCAAGUCUUGCAGGGUUACAAUUGCACCCUAUUUGCAUACGGGCAAACAGGGACAGGUAAAACCUACACUAUGCAGGGUGAUCUUGCGCGAACACCUAUGGGAAAUCCCUCUGCCCAUGCUGGCAUGAUCCCCAGAGUCCUAUUCCGCCUCUUCCAUCAACUGGAGACCUCCAGCGCCGACUACAGCGUGAAGAUAUCGUUCGUCGAGCUGUAUAACGAAGAGCUUCGCGAUCUCCUGGCCUCUGAGCUAUCUGCACCUAGUGGCUCUACACAACCGAUGGGCAUGGCCUCCAAAGACAAGCAAGGAGAAGGCGGUCUGAAAAUCUUUGACGACUCGGGGAAGAAAGGGGUUUUCAUUCAGGGACUCGAGGAAAUUGCUGUGAAGGACUCCAGGGAUGCACUUGCUCUCCUCGUCAAGGGCAGCGAAAGGCGGCAAUCUGCAGCAACCAACUUCAACGAACAUUCCAGUCGCUCCCACUCGGUGUUCUCCAUCACCGUCCACACCAAGGACACUUCUUUUGGGGAGGACCUUCUCAAAACCGGUAAGCUCCAUCUCGUUGACCUUGCGGGCUCGGAGAACAUUGGUCGCUCGGGUGCCGAAAACAAACGCGCAAGAGAAGCCGGUAUGAUUAACCAGAGUCUUCUCACUCUUGGUCGUGUCAUCAAUGCCCUGGUGGACAAGGCACACCACGUACCCUACCGGUCAGUCUUCCCCAUUCUCUUUCUCAGAGAAUCGAAACUCACCCGCCUCCUCCAAGAUUCUCUUGGUGGCCGAACCAAAACCUGUAUCAUUGCCACAAUCUCUCCUGCUCGCUCCAACUUGGAGGAGACCCUGUCCACCCUCGACUAUGCGCUUCGAGCCAAGUCCAUCAAGAACAAACCCGAGCUUAACCAGCGAAUGACACGCAAUGCCCUGCUGAAGGAGUACGUCGCAGAAAUCGACAGACUGAAGGCUGACCUCCUUGCCGCUCGAGAGAAGAACGGCUUUUACAUAUCUGAAGACAGCUGGAAAGAAAUGGAGACUAAACGGGAGAUGCGUGAAACCGAACUCGUGGAAGCCAAGAAACAGGUGCAAAUCGUAGAGGGACAAUUGCGGAAUGUGCAGGAGGAAUACGACCAGAGCAUCGGGCUUCUUAUGCAACGAGAGGACGAGCUGAAGCAGACCAGGGGCCAGCUCAGCGCUGCGAAAGAGAAACUGGCCCAGCAGGAGAAGGACUUGCAGGCGACCAAAGUCGCAUUGAAGGAGGAAGAGCUGGUUCGGAAGGCCUAUCAAGAUUCGGAGAGGAACCUCAACGGUAUUGCCACUGGUUUGAAGUCGACGGUGACUCAGAGUACCAGAGACGUAGAAGGACUCCAUGCCAAACUUGAACGCAAGAAUGCUGUCCUUUCUUCCAACAGGAGAACCGUCAAUAAAUACGGCAAAGAAACCCUCUCGUCCGCCAAUUCCGUAUCGACUUCUAUCGACACCUAUGUCUCUGCCGCCGCCGACGUCCACCACAACCUUGCCAACAAAGCAGAGGAGAUCAUCGCAUCCGAAAGCGAGUCACUAUCCAACAACCUCCAGGCGCUCGAGAAACAGGGCGAUGCCAAUCGACAUCUGUUCCAAAGGAUGGCAGAGGACGACGAGGCUGAAACAAGAGUUUUUGCUGCCCUUGAACAAGAUCUGCAGAAGGUCCACUCAGCAUUCGAGAUGGAACUGACGACAUGGAGGACGACCGUCAAGGAUGCCCUCCAGGUCUCCUGUGGUGAAAUAGGCGCUGCUGUCGAGAAGCACAACGUUGUAAUCGAACAAUCUGUCGACGCUCUUCAAGCCGCCUUGGAUGACAUUGUUCGACGUGCGAAGCAGUAUCUCCAAGAACAGCGACAUAUCAUCGCCGAAAUGAAGGAGUCUGCGGAUAGCCACGCUGCAUCCGAGAUCGCUCGGUUGAAGAAGGAGAACGAAUGGCUGUCCAAACUGGUGGAUAAGGAGAGGAAGCAAGCCGAAGCUUCGAAGGACAAUCUAAUUCAGAGGAUAUCGGGUCUGCUGGGUAACUUCCUUGACGAGCGUGAUGCAUCGUUACGGGCAUCAGUCAAGGACAUACAGCAAAAACAUGAUCAACACGCCGAGUCGAGCGGAGCAUACUUUGCACAGCAAGACAAACGGCUGUCGACUGUCGGCGACAAGUCGAAGGUGUUUGAAACGUCCCUACAGCAGGCAUCACGGGAGGGCAAGAGGAAACGGGAAGCGGUCGGGGAGACGGUCAAGAAUACCCAGCAACUACUGGAUGCUAGGCUCAGCGAACUGCAAGGCACCACGGGCCAAAAGGUCGAGGGGAUGUCUGUAUAUGUUCGCCAGCAUGGACAGCGGAUCAUGGGCUCCUUGUCGACAAGUCUGGAAGAGCAAACACGAAUCAAGAGGGCGAGAAUCGAGAAGACAGAAUCGAUACAGGCUGGAUUGGAAUCGGAACAGGAGCUUGUUCAGUCAACGUUGAACUCGACAUAUCAGGCUGUCGAGGGCUUCGCAUCACAAGUUAUCUCGAAUGUUGCAACGCUGGAGGACCUUGCCAGCAAACAUCAAGAGACGUCGCGUCGCAACAUCGACGCGCUACAGAGGACAGCCGGUACAGUCCUCGAGAAGGGUGCGAAGGAAGACCAACCGACCGGCCAGACACCCCAGAAGCGACAGUGGAACUAUGUGUCGCAGUGGCAGCUCACCCAGGAACGCGACGAAAUCCUCCACGACUGGCGUGUUCAGAAUGGUCAACUCCCUGUCCAAGAACCGCAGGACGACUCAGCGAGCGACACGCGAACCCCGCCUCCCGAACUCCCGAAACCCCGUGUCUCAUCCGGUGCUGAGAACUCCAUCCCCGUUCAAAGACCCAUGGAGAAAGAGCGAUCUACACCGCCAGUCAAGCAAGAACUUCCCAUCAAGACUCGCGAGUCGCUUAAGGAAAUGAGGUCGUCUAUCCCUGUCGAAACAUUGGCAGAAUCGAGGAAACGUAACGUGUCGACUCGGUCAAGAAGACAGUGA